UGGUCUGGGGCGGCGGGAAGAAACCAACGGCGAAGUAAAUUUUGUUUAGUCUUGAUAUAACUGCUGAACUAUUGGAUAGAAACCCGAACAAAGACUCGGGGUUUUGUUACAUUUGACGUUCAAGGACUCAAACCUUCAUUUUGUGGAUGAGUUUUAAGGAUAAUCGUUAGUUUAGCAUACGAAGUUAGCUAACUAGAUAAAAAGCUAUUAGCUCUCUUAUUAUCGACUCUUUUUUUUGAUAGCUCGACUACUCUUAGACGAUGAGCGAUUGCAACGUUAAAGAAGAUUUAAAUGCCAACAUCGGGCCUAAGAAGAACAGAAGUGUAGACAUGGACGACGGACAAGGGGACAAAGCGGAGCUGGCUGAACAGUCCCUGCUGAACAAACUGAUCCACCGCUCUCUGGUGAUCAACCAAAACCAGGUGGAGGUCAUGCAGGCAGACCCCUCCUCCCCCCUGUUCUCCGUCAAGACCUUUGAGGAGCUCAGACUGAAACCUGAGCUGUUGGAAGGUGUUUACAGCAUGGGUUUCAACAGGCCAUCAAGAAUCCAGGAGAGCGCUUUGCCUUUGAUGCUGGCUCAGCCACUGCAGAAUCUGAUCGCUCAGUCUCAGUCUGGUACGGGUAAAACUGCUGCCUUCUGCCUGGCCAUGCUCAGCCAUGUAAAUCCUGCCAAUCAGUGGACUCAGUGUCUGUGUGUCGCUCCAACAUAUGAGCUAGCCUUGCAGACCGGCCAAGUGAUAGAGCAGAUGGGGAAGUUCUGCCCAGAUGUAAAGCUGGCAUAUGCCGUCCGAGGGACAAAAGCCGUGAGAGGGAGCAGGCUGCAGGAGCACAUUGUGGUUGGAACACCAGGGACGGUUCUGGACUGGUGCACAAAGUACAAGAUGAUUGACCCCAAGAAGAUUUCCAUCUUUGUGCUGGAUGAAGCUGAUGUGAUGAUCAACAUGCAGGGCCAUCGGGAUCAGAGUAUUCGGAUCCACAGGCGGCUAAGCGAAGACUGUCAGAUGCUGCUUUUCUCUGCAACAUUCGAGGACUCUGUGUUGCAGUUUGCAAAGAGAGUCGUUCCUGAUCCUAACAUCAUCAAGCUGAAGCGGGAAGAGGAGACCCUGGACACCAUCAAGCAGUUCUAUGUAGUCUGCAGUGGGAAGGAGGACAAGUUCAACUCUCUCUGUAAUCUGUACGGAUGCCUGACGAUCGCACAGACUGUGAUCUUCUGCCACACUAGAAAAAUGGCUUCCUGGCUGGCUGCUAGUCUGACCACUGAGGGUCACCAGGUGGCGCUGCUGAGCGGUGAGAUGAUGGUGGAUCAGAGAGCCGCUGUGAUUGAACGUUUCAGGAAUGGUAAAGAGAAGGUGCUCGUGUCUACAAACGUGUGUUCCAGAGGUAUUGAUGUGGCGCAGGUGACCCUUGUGGUCAACUUCGACCUCCCAGUGAACAUGAAAGGAGACGCUGACAAUGAGACGUACCUGCAUCGCAUCGGCCGCUCAGGGCGCUUUGGCAAGCGGGGAUUCGCUGUCAACAUGGUGGACAGCGAAGAAGACAUGGUCGUCCUAAAGCAGAUCGAGGAACACUUUGGCCGAAAAAUCACAAAACUGGACACCAGCGAACUUGAACAAAUGGAGAUGCUUUUGAAAUGAACUUGCUGUUCUGUUUCCUUUUGCAUGUGAGUGUUUUGUUUGUUUUUUUAUAAAGUUUGUUUUUAUUUGAAACAAAUAUAUUCUGUUGUUCAGAGCCCACCUUUGUCAAUGUUGGAUUUUUAUGUGUGCUUCAUAAAUGUUAUGUUUUAUAACAGCAAGAAUAUCUUCCUUCUGAACUUCGUACGUCCAGAAGUGGUUUGUUGCUCCAGUCACUAAACGCUGGUUAUGCUAAAUAAAUGCAUCUGUUCCACUGA